AUGUUUACUGUGUCCAAUUCUGCAGUGUGGGUGGACGGUCCUGAAUCCCAUCUCGCGUCGUCAUCCCAUUUUAAGCGGGCACAGCCACGUGAGUCGACGUCUCGGCCUGAUUGCGAGCCCAAAGAUUUCGCCGAAUGGCGAAUGCAAGUCGUGGAAGCCACGGACCCACUAUGGGCCAGGGGGUGCAGCCCGGUCAGCGUGUCUGUGAGCCGUCCCCGCAGAAGGACAACGACAUGUCCGGGAUCAGGAGAAUGCCGCAGGGAUGCUCACUUGGCUCAAGCUAAUAUUAGCAUGACGGGGGGUUGUUGGGCGGAUUUGUUGAUUGAAAUUUUGCGUGUCACGCUUGCCCGCAAUGUUGGAGGAGAAAUGUGUCCUGCUGAGCGGUGUGUGCGGGCCCACAGCGCUGCUGCAUACUCUGAACUGGUGAUUAUUGGAGGUCCUGCCAAGGGGAGGCUGCGAUUCGAUGCUGGGCGAAUAUUAUUCCCUCGAAUCAUGUCGUGCAACAGACGUCUCUGGUUGCUUGCUGUUGCUCCUGCCGUCACGCAAGGCAGAGAGUGCUCUCAACCCAUGACUUGCCAUGUUCCGUCUGAUGGACGGGAGUAUGUACUUGUAUUCUCUCCCAGAGCGGCGGCGCAGCUGCACGUUAUUGCUCUGUCCCACGGUCGAUGCCCGCGUCAAGAGGUGGAUGGAGACAGACAUGCUGAGAGAGACGACAGGAAGAUGAAGAUGUUUGGUAUCGUCGACAUGUCGUUCAAACAAGAGUCGACGGCGUGGAGGCGCGACAGUGAACCAUUCCAGGAGAAGCAUGGCUGGGGUGCCCAAGGGCCGGGCCCAUCGCCCUCGCGGGGGGAUCCAGCGUCAAUGAUUGGCGAGGCUGACUGUUCCUCCCAAGGCACUCUUUUCCUGCCUUCGUGGCGUGUCGUUGUCGUGUUUCUCAACAAGAAAAAAAAAAGAAAGAAAUAUCUCCAGGCCGGCUACGGAGGUACUCUACUGUGUAUUCUCUGCGGCAUAGAGGGGAUGAUGCCAAUGCGUCUGGGAUUCAAGAUGACUGAAGAAGUUCGCCCUCAUAGGAAAACGGCAGGUGCAGGCAGCUGCUACGGGUAUCGUGGCUGGCAUUCCGGCACCGUUGUCCGGCAGCAAAGCGGACGCGCAGGGUUGACGAGUCUGCUGACUGGCACUGCUCUGAUUAUUGCCGCCAAGGGGAUGAAAGCGUCAUGGAAGCUGCAGAGGCCGCAUCCAAAGAGGCAACAAAGAGGAAAAGAGUUCCGGAAGAGCUUGGAUGAGGAAAUAUGCGCGAGGCUGACGAACCUGAUGACAAGUUGA